ACAACGUGCCAGCGCUGCGCAUGCCGACGACGGCGUACCCAACUGGACUGGCCGCACAGACAUCCCCCUCCACCUACUCACACAGCGACGACGCAGAGCCCGAGUCCGGCUUGAUCACGCCUUCACACGGCGGCACCGUUGUUGCCGGCGACGAGUACGACUUACCGAUCGACAAGCCCUCCACACCGACGCCCGACAUUCGCCCCGAUACGACCACGACGACCACGGCAGCAGAGAUGUCUGCGACGACCCAGACGCAGCAGCAGCAGUCGUACACGCCGCGAUCGAGGGAGCCCAGCAGCAAGCCCAGGCCUGUGUCCAUGCCCCCGCAGGCUUACACUCCUCCAACGCAGCCGGAACGCGAGAGAGGCACGAUGGAGGAUGGCUCGAAGCAUCGCUCGCGGGAUGGGUCCAGCAAGCAGAGGAGCUCGAACCGUGUUCUUGGCGACUAUACGCUCAGCAAGACGCUGGGAGCGGGUAGUAUGGGGAAAGUCAAACUGGCGCAUCACAAUAUUACCGGGGAGAAAUUUGCCGUCAAAAUUCUUCCUCGAGCGUCGCCGAGCGGCACGACGAACGGCGCGUCUGGCGAGGCAGCAGCGAAGCAGGCCAACAAGGAUGCUUCGAAGGAGAUCCGGACGUUACGGGAGGCUGCACUAUCUAUGCUGCUUCACCACCCCUACAUAUGUGGGAUGCGCGAGAUGAUCGUACACCAACAUCACUACUAUAUGGUGCAGGAAUACAUCAACGGCGGGCAGAUGUUGGACUACAUCAUCAGUCAUGGUCGGCUGCGGGAACGAGUAGCGAGAAAGUUUGCGAGGCAGAUAGGAAGUGCAUUGGAAUACUGUCAUCGGAACAAUGUCGUGCACCGAGACCUCAAAAUCGAAAAUAUCCUCAUUUCGCACACGGGGAACAUCAAAAUCAUAGAUUUCGGCCUGUCUAACUUGUACGAUCCCGCAAACCACUUGGGGACAUUCUGCGGUUCUCUGUACUUCGCUGCCCCGGAGCUGCUCAACGCCAAGGUGUACACUGGACCUGAGGUCGACGUCUGGAGUUUCGGCGUUGUCUUGUACGUUCUUGUCUGUGGCAAGGUUCCCUUCGACGACCAAAGCAUGCCGGCGCUUCACGCCAAAAUCAAGCGGGGAUUGGUAGAAUAUCCUGUGUGGCUCAGUGCAGAAUGUAAACAUCUGCUUUCCCGCAUGUUGGUAACGAACCCCGCAGCUCGAGCGCCACUUUCAGAGGUCUUGAGCCAUCCUUGGAUGGUGCGAGGUUUCCCUGGACCGCCUGAUCCCCAUAUGGUAAGGCGGGAACCUCUUCGCCCGGAUGAACUCGAGAGAACGGUAAUCCGUCAAAUGACGGGCCUCGAGUUUGGGACGGAGGAGGAGAUCGAGAAGAAGCUGAUCGAUAUCCUGGAGUCGGAUGGGUACCAGAGAGCCGUGCAGCAUUGGGAGAGGAAACGGGAUAUGGCCAAUGGACGGAAUGGGCACUCAAAGUGGGGCGAGUCUUUCUCGACGUCAUCUGUCGCGCUGUCCUACGACGGUUCGAAAUACGAAGGUGGAACUCCCGCCAAGCAGAAAUCGCGCAGAUUCUCUGGUUUCGACUUCUAUCGUCGGAAAUUCUUCUCCCCAUCCUCCUCGCCCUCCAGCACCCCCUCGCAUUCUCCUCCCACCUCGCAAUCUCAUCUCUCGCAUCUCUCUCUCACUGAUCUGCAGCGAGAGCCGCCGGAUCCCACUGGCGGCUUCCAUCCACUCGUCUCCAUGUAUUACCUGGCACGGGAGAAACUCGAACGCGAAAGAGUGUACGGCCCGGGUCACUUUGCCAGCUCUCAGAUCUCCCUCGAAACCUCUCAGGCGGCUUCACCGGGCCCCGACGCUCCAGCACCCCCUCCGUCCAGUGCGAAGGCCGUCUCACAGCCCGCAGUGCCGAAGAAAGAUGCUGUACCUGGGAAGGCAGACUACAGUAUGCCUUUGCCUCGAUUACCUGCACCCGAGACAUCACACUAUUCCGGGAUGUCCUACGAUGCGGCGCAGGCGACGCCGUCGCCCACGUCGCCCAAUUUCCAAAUGCAGCCCCGGCCUCGAGAUGCGGGUAUCAUGCCUGUCUCCAAAGGUGGCGAUGUCCCGCCCGGCAACGAUCCUUCAGGCAAUGCGGGUUUCCCCCGUGCACCCGCUCCUUCGAAGCAUAGGCGGAGCCAUAGUCUCAGUCAGCGUCCGUCCACUACGAUCUCCAGAGGCUGGUUCUCGGGAAUAGGUGGUGGGCAUAGUACGAUCGACGAGCAUGGCACCUUGAAUGAGAAGGGUUCACCACCUAGGGCAGAUACAUGGGAUCCGCCCAGGACGGCUGGACCAGAAUUGAGCUCCUUUGCAGAGAAGCAAGAGCCGGAGAAUAGAGAUGAUAAUGCCCUGUUAACCCCGAUGGCGGCGGGUGCGACGCUGGUACGGAAGUUUGGCAGCUUGCUUGGGAGGGGCGAUGAUUCAAGGCGGUCAAGCGAUGGUCGAAAGCGAGGCAGCAUUUUAGCCGCGACGUCACCUCGAGCUUCUGCAGACGUUGAUGCCGAGAAGGACGGCAUUGCCGACAAGGGAGCUGAGGGCAACGCGAAAGCUUCCCAGGACACGGCUAACCGUGAUGCAGAGUUACCGUCACCAACCACCCCCACGACCCCGACCAAGGGCGUUCAUCGACGAGCAGCUACUAUCCUCGACCCCCAAGGGCGUUCUGCAAGACAUGAACGGCGCAGCAGUACCGGGGCGGCUUUUUUCUCGGGCGGCACGAUUGGUCGACAUCGCAGACCAUCCAGCGGGUUUGGGACUGUGUCUGGACCGAGACCUAUGGGCGAUAGAUACAUUGGCCGGACUGAUGAGGAAGAGGAAACGCAGGAACAGCCGAACGAACAGGGUGAAGUUGUUAAUGGUCAAAACGGCCUUCAGGACGAGGAGGAUGUGGAUGGUGCUGAGAAAGAGUUCAAGCCGGUAUUCAUGAAGGGCUUGUUCAGUGUCGCCACCACGUCUACGAAACCACCCACUGUCAUCAAAGCAGACAUACGACGGGUUCUUGACCGGAUGGCAGUGCAAUAUCGUGAGACGCGUAGUGGCUUUGAAUGCAUACACAUCCCUUCUGUCGACAUUUCGUCUGUGCAGACGCCGCAGCCUCAGCGUAGUAGUCAUCGUAAACAAGGCUCUGGUGGCUCCACCGAUACUGGGACUGGUACGACUAGAAGGUCAAUCGUCAAGAAAGCGUCGAAGCUGUCUUUCGCCACCAGGAGCAAAGAGCUAUUGCGGGACCGUACCGAGAAAGAAAAGGGCAAAGAUCGGGAGUCUUCAACUGACAAGGAGAAGGAUCUUCCCAGUCGACCUUCCGGUACUACAAUGCUGACUGCGACGGCCAGCAGUGGGUCUUCAUCUUUCUUCAAUGUGUCAUCCAACACGCACACAGUUGUAGCCGAGCCUCAGUCAACAGUUACCGACGCUGCGUCGACGAUGGGAGCUGACGACACGACUCCUCGCUCUGCGAGUCCUGCUCCAUCCAAAGUGUUGCCUCCUAUACCUCGUGAUUAUGCCUCUACUCCCACGCCUGGCCCUCGAUACUCAACGCCGUUGCCUACCGGAGAGGUGGACCGAGAAGUGUUUGAGAGCAUUGGCACUAAUACCCUAGCCGUCCGAUUUGAAAUCAACAUUGUAAAAGUACCUUGGCUUCCCCUCCACGGAUUGCAGUUCCGAAGAUCAGCAGGGGAUGGAUGGCAGUACCAGAUGCUUGCACGGCGAGUCCUCACAGAACUCAAGCUAUAGCAUCUCCGCACUCGUUUCUUUCCUGUCGUCCUCUUUAAUCAUUCCGAAUCCUAUGAGUAUGGUCAUCCUAUUACGCUAGUGCUUUGUCCUUUUUUCGUGGUCCUGCGGUUUAUGUAUGUAUUCUAUAUCCACUUCCUGCUUCGAACAUACCUUCUCUCUCGGCACCGUCCGAUCUUUUGCCACCUAGACAAUGAAAGUAGGGGUUCUCGACGGAUCUUGCAAUAUCGUGUAUCGCUAUUGCUUCCAACAUAUACUAUGAGACGGUCCUAGUUCCUGGAGGUCGCUACUGCCCCAAGGGUCAUAUUGUCUUUCAAAGAACGAUGCAGUUUCUGGGUACUGUCAAUACUGACUCCAUUACAGACGUCAGUCAGUUUCGAGGUUCGUGCUCAAUAGCUGGCAGCUAGACGCUUCAUGAUGUAUUGAGCUGCAGAGAUUGGCUCGUAGCGUUUGGGCCUUUCCUCG